AUGUCCCCACCAACAGGCAAAGGCAAAGAUUCUGGUACUGCCCGUGUUCUUGGGUCUGGUACUUCUGGUAUCGCUGAGCUGUUAAUUUUUCACCCUGUUGACACCGUCGCCAAGAGGCUGAUGAGUAACAAGGCCAAGGUGUCUCUAGCAACGCUGAAUCCUAUCCUCUUCCGGGACUUCGCAACGGCAUCUGUUGGAAAGAAAUUCUUCUCAUUAUUUCCUGGUCUCGGAUACGCCGCAGGAUACAAGGUCGCCCAACGUGUAUACAAAUUUGGCGGUCAGCCAUACUUCAACGACUUGAUCAACCAACACUUCAGGGACCAGUUCACGGGUGCUUUUGGGGAGCGAAAAGGGAAGCUCAUGAUGCAGGCUGCAGCUGGAAGUUUGACCGGUAUUGGUGAAGUUGUCCUAUUGCCUCUGGACGUCCUCAAAAUCAAGCGUCAAGUAAACCCGGAAGCUUUCCGAGGCCGAGGUAUCAUCCGGAUCAUUGCUGAAGAAAAGUCAGCUCUAUAUCGCGGUUGGGGAUGGACAAUGGCACGGAACGCUCCAGGAAGUUUUGCACUUUUCGGUGCAUCCGCUGCAACAAAAGAUUAUGUUCUAGGAGUAACGGAUUACUCGAAAGCGACCUGGACACAGAACUUCAUCGCCUCUAUCGCUGGUGCUGUCGCUUCCAUAACUGUCGCUGCACCUUUAGAUACUGUCAAGACGCGUAUCCAGAACGCCAACUUUGAAAACAAAGUCAAUGGUGCUGUAGUUAUCAAGGAUCUGAUCAAGAACGAGGGCGUCACCGCAUUCUUUAAGGGGUUAACUCCCAAGAUCAUUGUCGUCGGACCCAAGCUUGUAUUUAGUUACACCCUGGCUCAGUCCUUGAUCCCUCUCUUUGGUCGCUACGUAUAA